UAAUAUUUGAAUGCAUUUGAAUUAUUGCAGAUGAACUGCCCUCUAUACUGAUGAUACUAUACACAUAUAUACACAUACUAUAUACAUUGAGAUUAAUGUCAGAUGUAUUAUUCGCUAUAAGGGAAAGGUCAGUAAUGUUUGAUCUAAAAAAACAUUGAUUUUUAAUAAUUACAUUCAAUAUGAAUUGAUAAUAUAAUAUUAAUAAUAUUACUGAUCCUUAAAUCGAUAAAUAUAUCUUAAAAAGUAAAUAAAUCAAAUAACAUUUGAAUCAUGUCUACCGAGCAUCACAGUGGUAAAGGUUAUACACCUCUUCCUCAAUGUAUGAGCAAUACCGAUACCGAAGAUGAGGAUAAACAAAUAAUAUCAAGAAAUGAUUUAACAAUAAAUAAACAAAUUAACGAUGAUAGAACAAUGAUGGAACCUACAACUGUACACGAACACGGAGUUUAUUAUCCAUUGGAUGAAACUAGAAAUUUAGCUAAUCGUACUAGAAAUGGACAAAAUACAAUUAAAUGUUACAGAGAUGACAUACCAACGAUGAUAAUAGAAGGCACUUCGCAAAAUGAUUUAUGGAAACGUAGAGAUAUGUCAACGUUUAGACGAUUUUGUUUAAUCAUAUCUAUAUUAUUAUGCAUAGUAACAAUACUUGUGUUUUUGUACGUUUUACCUUGUGACACAAUGGUAUGUCCACCGGUUAAUAAACCACAAUCUUCCGUUUCAUGGGAAAAAACUUUGUUAAACGUAGAAGUACUUGGGCCGAUAACAAUAAUACCUGGAUCACCUUACGAUCUUAUAUUUUUACUUCGAAGUCAAGAAUACAACGAUAGUAAUGUAAAUUAUAAUACUAAAACUUCAAGAAAAGGUUUUAUUUUAUAUAUAGACGGUACCAGCGGUUUUGAUUCCUGGUGGGUACGUUUAGAAAGAAUACCCACAAAUAUAGAUUGUGUAUCCAUCGAUACAGAUAAAUCUGGAAAAGCAGAUUGUAUCGUUGUCGGUGAAGGUGGUUUAUUAAAAAGUAUAGAUCCAAGUAAAGGUAAAAUACAUUGGACUUCCGAAGCAUAUACAUUUUCAAAGUUACCAGUUAUAUUACCAGAUCUUAAUUCUGAUGGAGUUGAAGAUCUUUUAAGUGUUGAAAUAUCUCAAGAAAAUGUAUCCACUCUUGUACUUUUAUCUGGUAAUACUGGCCAAUUAUUGGGAAAAUAUACGAAACAUAAUUGUUCGUUAGUCAACAUAUACAAUUUAGUUUCCGAUGGUACUAUUUUAUACGUGUGCCAUGACACGAAUGGUAAACGUAUUACGAAAUACGUUUCGUUAAAAGUACUUUUAAAUGGUUCGAGUUUAUCACAAAGAAAACGAGAGAUAAAAGCAUCACCGCGUAUGUUCAAAGCAAUGACAUUGAAUGAAGGAGAUAAUGAUUGGAAACCAACGCGUUAUCAUCGUUUGAUGAUUCAAAAUGAGGGUAUCUGUCCUUUGGAAUCUUGCAAAGCUACUAUCAAUUUAACAUUUCAAAAUCAGUCAGAUCAAACGUUUCCUAUUUGGGAAUAUCUAAGCCCAAAUUCAUUUGUAUCUAAACCAGCAUUUUUAAUAACAUCCGAUGAACCAUACAGCACCGGAUUUGUUAUUAAAUUAUGGGAAUGGCUUGAUAUUAAUCCUUCGGUAACUAUUACAGCAUCGAAAGUUAUUGAAAGAAAAUUAAUUGAAAGAGUAUUAAUAGUUUUUGUUAAUUAUACUGAUGUACAAGUUAUUAAUGCUAGUCAAACCGAUGUUACACAAUUGUGCCAUGGUUUACAUUGUCAACCAGAUUUAAAUUUACAAAUGAGAUAUAAUUCUAUAACGGCUACUAAUAUCAAUCAUGAAGGAUAUCCAGAAUUGGUGAGUUAUUGGUCAUCGUACAAUAACGAAUCACCUAGAAUGUUAACGUCCAAAAUAAAAAUAGUUAAAUUAGAUUUAAUUUUAUCCAAUUUACCGCAUUCUAAUGUACAAUUUUUUAAAACAUUACUCAACUAUGCUAAUUCUAUGCAUUCUAAUGGCAUAGAUAAACGAUAAACGUUUAAUGCAACAUCAAAGUCAACUACUUUAAAUCACACACACACACACACACACACACAUACACCAUUUAUAUAGUCAUUUCGAGAAUUAAUUGUUAAUCGAUUUAAUUUUAAUCCUAACGAUGCUAAUUUUUAAUUGAUUUAUUUUUUUAUUUAU